AUGUUCGGUUACUUUAAGCUCAUGUACCCGGCUCCACUGUCGGAGCCCAUUCGCACAAGGGACUCCAAUGCCUAUCUACUGGAGACGCUUCGCAUGUCGGGCCUGAACCUACGAAACGAUUUCGGCGUGGGACGCAAGAUCUGGCGGGUGUUCUCCUUCACCUACAACAUGCUGGUGCUGCCCAUCAGCUUCCCGAUCAACUACACGAUCCACCUGGCGGAGUUCCCACCCGAUCUGCUGCUGCAAUCGCUCCAGUUGUGCCUGAAUACCUGGUGCUUUGCCUUCAAGUUCUUUACGCUGGUCAUCUACAUGGCCCGCCUGGAGCUGGCCAACAAGCACUUUGACGAACUGGACGAGUACUGCGUGAAGCCCGCGGAAAAGCGCAAGGUGCGCGAUGCAGUGGCCGCCGUCACCAGGCUGUAUCUCACCUUCGUUUUGGUUUACGUUCUGUAUGCCACCUCCACGCUGCUGGACGGCAUGUUUCAUGACCGUGUGCCGUUCAAUACCUACUAUCCCUUCGUGAACUGGCGCCUCGAUCGCACCCAGUUGUACAUUCAAACUUUCCUGGAGUACCUAACCGUAGGCUAUGCCAUAUUUGUGGCUACCGCAACGGACUCUUAUCCCGUGAUCUAUGUGGUGGCCCUGCGCACACACAUUUUGCUGCUCAAGGACCGCGUCAUCCACCUGGGCGAGACCAGCAGCAAUAGCGAGGGUAGCAACGAUGCUGACUUCAUGUUCACAUCUCUGGUGGAUUGCAUCAAGGCUCACAGGACUUUGCUGAAUUUCUGCGAGGCGAUCAAACCGAUCAUCUCCGGCACGAUCUUCGCUCAGUUCAUAAUCUGUGGCUCCAUCCUGGGGAUUAUCAUGAUCAAUAUGGUUUUGUUUGCCGAUCAGUCCACACGCUUUGGCAUUAUAACCUACGUGAUGGCGGUGCUCCUGCAGACAUUCCCUCUCUGUUUUUAUUGCAAUGCCAUUGUGGAUGACUGCAAUGAGCUAGCAGAUGCUUUGUUCCAUUCGGCCUGGUGGAUGCAGGACAAGCGCUACCAAAGGGUGGCUCUCCAGUUCCUGCAGAAACUCCAGCAGCCCAUGACGUUCACGGCCAUGAAUAUAUUCAACAUUAAUCUGGCCACCAACAUCAAUGUGGCCAAGUUCGCCUUCACCGUCUACGCCAUUGCCAGCGGCAUGAAUCUGGACCAGAAGCUUCAGAUCCAGGAAACGCAAUAAAAGUAAAUGCAUUAAAGGUACA